AUAAAAUCCCCACAUUGCCCCUUCCAUCAAACUCUGUCCUCUGCUACACUUCAAACACGCACUCACUCUCUCUCCCAUUAUGGGAGAUAAUAACAAUACGACGUCGUUUUCACUUCCACCCGGUACCCGAUUUUACCCUUCUGAUCAACUACUCAUUUCCUACUAUUUAUCUUCAAAAAACCGUUCCGAUCAUCGCAAUGACUUUGGAAUUAACCUGAUUCAAGAAAUUGAUUUCUACAAUUAUGACCCGUUUAACUUACCGGAUUCUGCCUGUUUUCGGUACGGACGAGGUGGUCAGAAAAGGCACUGGUUUUGUUUUGUGGCUGCUAGGGUUUUGAAGAGGAGAGCUGGUACUGGUAGUGGUGGUGGUUAUUGGAAGAAAAAAAGAGGUAGAGUUAAGGAUGUGGUGGGUGAGGGUGCAGGGAAAGUUGUGGUGGGUACGCGUAAAACUUUUGGUUUUUAUUUAGGGGAUUGUGGUAGUAAGAGUGGUGUGAAGACUGAUUGGUUGAUGUACGAGUACGCCUUAGCUGGUCAUCCUAUGGCAUCUUUUGUUCUAUGCCGAGUAUUCAUCAAAUCUCGUCAUGAAAAUAACUUGUCAAAGCAUGUAUUUAGUUCUUAUGGUGAACAACAAAUUGUUGCCACAGUACGCCACGUAGGUAUUCAAUAUGAUGGAACUGCUGCAUCAGCUACUGAGUCUAAAAUGCAUGAUGAACAUACUAUUGACCAGGAGAAUGAUGUCUCGGAGUUACCUAGUACUGACUUAAAUGGUCAAGCUCUUACAGAACAUGGUGCCGAGCAGAUUGGUCUUGAGAGUGACGGACCUCCAGUUCUCAAUGGCUUUUCUGCUCAGGAACUGAUGGCCAUUUCAGAAGGUGAUUUUAUAGAGCUGGAUGACAUUCUAUGCCCGCUUUCGGGCAUUAGCUAAAAGCAAAAAAAAAUCAACACUCCCAAAAAUCCAACAACAAUAUUUAGCAAGUUCAAUCAACAACAAUCCGAGCAAGUAGCAUCAAUAACAAUCCUGAGCAAGUACAAAUGUACAAA